AUGGCUCGCGUUAUCGAAGCUCCACCACUUGAAGAAGACGAAAUGCAAAGAAUUUACGAAUGGAUAGAUGACGUUCCCCUCUCUCGCCCAAAGCGCAAUAUCACCCGAGAUUUUGCUGAUGGCUGCAUGAUGGCAGAAGUUGUGAAGCAUCAUUAUCCAAAAUUAGUAGAACUUCACAACUACCCUCAAGCUUACUAUAUACAUUAAAAUGGCAACACUUUUCAAUCUGACCUCUUAGCGCAACAGUCCAGACUUUAUGCCCCCGACGAACUGGGAUGGACUCCGAGUCGAUAAUCAAGUGCAGGCUCAAGAGACGUAUCCGGAUAGGUUUGGCCGCUCUUCUGUGGUUAGAAGUGGAGUGGUCCGGCAACGUCCUUUUUUGAUCUAAGUACCCAUGGGUAUUUCUGAUCUGAGAAACUGGAGGUUUCAGUCGAGGCCACAGGGGUAGUCUUUUCCUGCAGCUGCAGAAGGAAGUAUUUCAGCAUCCGGCAGACUCCAAAGAGCUGAUCCUUGGAAUCAAGCUACUCCAAUCUCCCGUAGCAGGGACGCAGAAGUCUAUAAGCCGCCUGUUUAAGACUGAAGCUGCAAGGUAAGGAGGAGAUAGUAGGCACCGUAAGUGGCACCCAUUAUUGGGGCAUAAACCCUUUGGGGUGAGUCGAAAAGUGGAUGAACAUCUCUUAUGGGAGGUUUUUUGUUACUGCGUCAUCAAUAUGGUUGUCUCUAAUAACGCUCAAGCUCACUCAAUUCAGCAAAAAUUAAACAAUUGGAAUACCCUUAAUGUUAAGGUUUUCAGGAAGAUAGGCUUCCAAAUUGCACGCACUGACAUUGAUAAGAUUAUUAACUGUGAACCGGAAGCUGUCGAAAAAGUACUUCAUCUCGUCCAAGAAAAGCUUGAAGAGUUUAAAGAAAGGAAAAGUGAUGAGCCAUCUCCACCCCAAGCAGAUAGACUGCAAGGAUUAGCUAAGCCCAAAGGACAACCCCAAGUAGAAGUGAGAGUUCAGCCAAAUAAUGCAAUUAGAGAAAAAGAGCAAGUUAUCAAUGAACUGAGGGAAACUAUUGAAAUCAUGGAAAGCAAAAUUGCAAAGCUUGAGCAACUUGUGAAGUUGAAGGAUUCUAAAAUACAAAUUUUAACAAAUAAACUGACAGCAGCGGGGCUGAGUUAA